AGAGGAGAAAGCUCAGUCAAUACCACACAGCUACACAGCUACAGAGAAGGACUCUGCACUACAACACUACUCCUCUACAAAUCCAGAUAAAGCCUAGUGUUCGUUCUUCAAACAGAUCAGAAUAUGGAGACAUGAGGGACAUCUUUACAGGACUGCUUCUUCUGCUCUGACUGAGUUUGAGAGACCAGACUCAGAAACAAGGAUCAGCCGAGAGACAGCCCUCGUCCAGGAUCAGCCGAGAGACAGCCCUCGUCCAGGAUCAGCAGAGAGACAGCCCUCGUCCAGGACCAGCAGACACACAGCCCUCGUCCAGGACCAGCAGAGAGAACAGCAGAGAGACAGCCCUCAUCCAGGAUCAGCAGAGAGAUCAGCAGAGAGACAGCCCUCAUCCAGGAUCAGCAGAGAGACAGCCCUCGUCCAGGACCCGCAGAGAGAUCAGCAGAGAGACAGCCCUCAUCCAGGACCAGCAGAGAGACAGCCCUCAUCCAGGAUCAGCAGAGAGACAGUAAUUGAUUUUGACACCCCUGCGUUAAGGCAUUGCAAACUGUUUGACUACAGUACAAACUGUAAUAUAUGUAGAGGACCUGUGGAACCUCCCUAGUGGAAUUCUGAAUCACUGUGGAAUCUAGAACUAUCCUGCCUGGAAUCCUCCAUCUCUUCCCUGAACUGUUGAAUACGUUCUAGAACAGGCUCUAGAGUCAGAAUGGGUUCUACUGUUCCUGUUUCGUCCAUGGUGUUAGUGCUGGUGGUGUUCCACACCUUCACAGUGGGACAGUGUCAGAGCCAACCCAGCCUGACAGGAAAUCUCCCUGUCUCAGCCUUCCACAGUACAGACACCCCCCUGGGUCUGCUACUGGACCCCCAAAACCCCUCCCAAAACCCCUCCCAAAACCCCCAAGACAUCGCAUCUCUGAACCUCCAUACCCCCAUCUCAUCCACACCCUCUCCUGACUCUGACCGUGGACACCAACAUCUGAAACACGGACCCCAUCACCUCACCUCCAACACGUCGUCCCGGGCAGUGCGUGUUCAGCCUGUAGUACCCCCUGUCUGCCACCAGGUGACCUUCAUAAAGACAGCCUUUAAAUACAUAAACACAGUGAUUAGCUGUGUGAUAUUCAUGGUGGGGAUGGUGGGAAACGCCACUCUACUGAGGAUUAUCUACCUGAAUAAGACGAUGAGGAACGGACCUAACGCCCUGAUCGCCAGCCUGGCCCUGGGAGAUCUGAUCUAUAUCACUAUAGAUAUACCCAUCAACGUUUAUAAGCUCCUGGCUGGCUCAUGGCCAUUUGAUGACAGCUCCAUUGGUCUGUUCCUCUGCAAACUGUUCCCCUUCCUGCAGAAAGCUUCUGUUGGCAUUACUGUACUCAACCUGUGUGCCCUGAGCGUGGACAGGUAUCGUGCGGUAGCGUCGUGGAGCAGGGUCCAGGGUGUCGGUGUUCCCCUGUUAACAGCAGUAGAGAUCAUCUCUAUUUGGUUGUUAUCCAUUCUGAUGGCUGUACCAGAGGCUAUAGGAUUCAACAUGGUCACCUUUGAGUACAGGAACGCGACCAUACGGACCUGCAUGCUCAACCCACACACACCAUUCAUGACGUUCUACCGGGAUGCCAAAGACUGGUGGUUGUUUGGGUUCUAUUUCUGUGUUCCGUUGGCGUGUUCCGCAGUGUUCUACACUCUGAUGACAUGUGAGAUGUUACAUCACAGGAACGGAUCUCUCCGCAUCGCGCUCAGCGAACACCUCAAACAGCGUCGGGAGGUAGCCAAGGCAGUGUUCUGUCUGGUCCUGAUCUUCGCUCUGUGCUGGUUCCCUCUGCACCUCAGCAGGAUCCUGAAGAAGAUGGUUUACAUGCCUCAUGAUGCCCGACGCUGUGAACUGCUCAAUUUCCUGUUGGUCCUCGACUACUUCAGUAUUAACCUGGCCACAGUAAACUCCUGCAUCAACCCCAUCAUACUCUACUUCGUCAGCAAGAAGUUCAAAAACUGCUUCAAGUCAUGUCUGUGUUGUUGGUGUGACUCCAGUUUCCUGAUCGACAGUAUGGUACCUCAGAACCUCAACGGAACCAGCCUACAAAAUAAGAACCCAGAUCAACAGUGUGGUACCUCAGAACCUCAACGGAACCAGCCUACAGAAUAAGAACCCAGAUCAACAGUGUGGUACCUCAGAACCUCAACGGAACCAGCCUACAGAAUAAGAACCCAGAUCAACAGUGUGGUACCUCAGAACCUCAACGGAACCAGCCUACAGAAUAAGAACCCAGAUCAACAGUGUGGUACCUCAGAACCUCAACGGAACCAGCCUACAGAAUAAGAACCCAGAUCAACAGUGUGGUACCUCAGAACCUCAACGGAACCAGCCUACAGAAUAAGAACCCAGAUCAACAGUGUGGUACCUCAGAACCUCAACGGAACCAGCCUACAGAAUAAGAACCCAGAUCAACAGUGUGGUACCUCAGAACCUCAACAGAACCAGCCUACAGAAUAAGAACCCAGAUCAACAGUGUGGUACCUCAGAACCUCAACGGAACCAGCCUACAGAAUAAGAACCCAGAUCAACAGUGUGGUACCUCAGAACCUCAACGGAACCAGCCUACAGAAUAAGAACCC